AUGUCGUCCAAUAUCGUGUAUAUGGAGGGCCUAUCCGUAACACAGGAAGCCUUACUGCAGGAGAUUUUAGCAAAAAUAACAACAAAUGAAGCGCAUAUACUCCACGUUUUCUCAUUUUUAUUAGAUGAUUUACACUAUUACAGACCUAUAUGCGCACUUUCUCCAGAAGAUGCUCUGUGGAAUCCCUGGCAUACACUAAUAUACACGUUGUUGCAGGGAAAAAAGGCAGAACAGCGCUGGAUUGGAGCAUGUCUUGUAAAGAUCAGUGCAUAUCAGAAUGGGGAAAGCUUAAUUCAGUACGGCACUACAUGGUGUCAACGCUUACUGUCACUUAUUAGUGAAAAAGAAAAAGAUAUAGUAGUUCGACGAGCAUGUCUUAGUUUUUUAUAUAUUAUGUUGUUUUCAAAAGGAAAACCGACAUAUGUGCGUUCAUUUGUAACGCCAUUUCUUGGGACAUUUUUGAACAACUUAAUUACCCUUCCUAGAAAGAAUAUAGAGCUUACGAGUAUCAGUAUACAAUGUAUUCAAGAAAUUAUCGAAGUUUAUCCGAGUAUAUGUAGGCCUUUUAUAUCAAAUAUUAGAUGUAUGAGUAUUCGUGCUAUAAAAGAGCCGAGUAUAAACGGACCAGAUAUCCAAAAGGGUCUAUUUUCUAUAUUAUCAAGGCUACAUCUUUGUGAAGCAAAAGAAAGUGGAUGGGAAAAAUGGAAUUUCGAAGUAUUAUCAUGUAUUUCUGAAUUACACAUUAUAAUUGAUCAUUUUUUUGAGGACUCAGUUGAUGGACCUCAUACAUGCUUAAAACCAUCUGAAUGGGGGCUGGAAGCAUUUCCAGACAACUUUUAUGAGGCGAUUGAGCUAGGCUUACAAAGAUUUGAGAAAUGUGUACAAAUAAUACAGCAAUAUUUAAACCAAUCAACUCCCUAUUGUGUAAAAAUACCAUGCGGGCAACUUUUCUUCUUUAUUUUUAAAGUCUUUAGUAUCAACACAACAUCAAACAUAAAAUUGAUACUAGACAAUAAGGAGAAAUUAGUAUUGUUUAUGAAAAUCCCAUAUUUUCAUUUAAUAACAAUAGAACUUUUGACUGUUAUGAUCCAAAUUCUUGGUUCAAAUAUUUUACCGCAUCUUUCUGGUCUGGUUUUUCAGCUUAACAGUAUUUUUUCUAAAGAAAAAGAGUUGAUACCACUGAAAAUAUCUAUAUACAAUGUCUUUAGCACACUUUUUCAAAAUGUCGGUCCAUCUUUUUCGUCCUGCAAACUAAUUGAUAUGGUUAUUCAAGAAGCAUUAAAUGAUCUUAAUCAACUCUUAACUAUUUCACAACCAGUUCCUAUAUUAAAUCAUAAAAAUGAACCAAAAAAGAAUAAGACAUCGAAUGCGACACCAAGUAAUUCUAGAUUUCAAAAAGAAUAUCCGGAAAAUGUAACCAAAGCAUCAUUGAACCUUAUUUCAUCUGUUAUAAGUUAUUUAUCUCCAGGAAUACUUUCUUCAGUUCAAAGAUCGCUUAUAGACAAAACUAUUAUAUCUAUUGCAUUAUUCCCUAGUCUAAGAGAGAAACUACGAAAACAAAUAUAUAAUUCAUUAAUAAAUAAUGUUCUUUCUCCAGGAAACACACAAGCAAUCAUUUUACCACAUGUAAUACGCAUUUUCGAAGAAGCUGGUAAAGAAACAGAUAUUUUUACACACCAAAUGAAAAACUUUAAUCACAUAAAAUUCUUAACACUUGAUGCUAUUUUACAUCCUAGAUUUCCUCCAUUACAGAGAAGACUUAAAGAAGAAACAUUAAAAGAAGAUAAUGAUAAAUCGGAAAUAUUGCAAAAAACGAAUGAAAUAUAUUUUAAACAUUUAAAAUAUGACAAUAUAUCAAAUACAACUAAUAUUUAUCAUAUACAAGACAAUUGUAAUAUUUGGAAGUCAUCAGAAAAAGAACCACUAAAUAUAACUCAAGAUAUAACCUCUCAUCCUACAUUUGAAUCAGAAGAAAAGUUAGAAUUUUCAAACGAACAUAUUUUUAAAACUUUCUUAAAUAAUGACACACAAAACAGUCAUUUGUCAGAAAAUAUACUUCAACCACUAAUAAAGACUACAGAAAAAGAAAGUAAUCUAGAUACUAUUCCAAUAGGCAUAGAGAACGAAUCAGAUAAUCUUUCUGAUACUGAAAUUCCUAUAAUUAUUAUGGAAGAUAGCAGCAGUGAAGAAUAAUCAACAUAAUUCAGCUGAUUCAUAUUUAGUCAAUUUCAUUCUCUUGUAUAGAGAUCUGUUAUUUCAGGAGUAUCCGUAUUUUGCUUAUUAAAUAUAGGAAAAUCUUUUAAGACAUCAUCCCAUGAUAUCAAUCCUUCUGAAAGCUCUUUGACAACUUUUAAUAUCUCUUUUUCUGAUGCUCUUAUUUGUUUUGUCGUAUCUCGUUCUCUAAGAGUUAAACUAUAAAGCAUGAAAGAAAGCUAAAUCUAUCUUAAAAACAUACCUUCCAUCAUUUACUGUUUGAAAGUCAACUGUUAUUCCAAAUGGUGUACCUAACUCAUCAUUUCUUGAAUAUCGUCUACCAAUUGCAGCAGAAGAAUCAUCAACUUUAUAGGAUAUCCCAAGUCGACGCAAUUCAGAUGCUAAUCAUCAUUAAUAAUGUUCACAACAUUCAACUAAAUAUUACAUAAUUUAUCAAUAAUAGGAUCAAAUGCAGAAUUAUUACUUAAUGGAACUAAUAAACACUUGACAGGAGCAACUAUAGGAAGAAAAGAAAGAACCUUCUGGUAUUAAUAUACUCAUUAAAUAUUCAUAAAAAAGACUUACACAACGAUCAAUAUCAUCAGAUCUUAUCCAAUAAGAGUGUUCAAUAAGAGAAUAUAAAAUUCUUCCAAUACCAAAAGAAGGCUCAAUUACAUUAGGAAUAUAUUCACGAACUUUAUAAAUUAAUAUUAAAUAAUGAAAAUAUAGAAAAGUACCGCUAAUUGUUUUUUUAACUUGUUCAAUUGUAAAUAAUGAUGAUGGAAUUUCGAAUUGUCUUCCAUCCGCUACUUUAACUACAAUUUUACCUUCAGAUACUGCUUGAUCACGAUAUCUUAUUUUAUCUUCAUUACUCCAACUGGAAAUAGCUUGUUCAACAACUUUUAGAUCCUUUUUAAGUAAAGGACCAAUCUUUUUCUUAUCUACGGUAACAACCCAUUCUUUAACCUCCAUAGGUUUCGACAAAAGCUCUCUAACAACAAGUUUUUCCUUUGUCUUAUCAGAAUGAACAGUUAAAUCAUAUGCUGCACGAUCCGCACACCCAACACAUUCAAUCCAUCCCUAUAAUAAUUAAAAAAAAGCUUAAAAAAUUCCCAAAAAUCACAUAAGAUGUUAGUAAUUCAGCAUCCCAACAAUCACUAGCAUAAUGUGCCAUUUCAUUUCUCAUAUGCUGUCGAAAUCUAAGCUUGUUCUUAUUCACUCCAAUUUUAAUCAAGAAUAAAUGUAUUCGUGCAAGAAAAUAUGCCAAGGUAGUAUUGUCUAAAAUACCCUAACAAAUAAUUACCAUAUUCAAAGACACCUAACAAAUCUUACUCUAAAAACAGCUUCUCCAACUGUCAUUUCUAUAAUUUCUUCUUUACCAGACAUCUGUAUUUCUCUUGUCAAAAAUUUCAUUUUAACAUUUUCCACCUCAUCAAAUCGUUUAUGAUCCUUAUUUAAGGGAUCUACAUAAUGCUCAAUCUCUGCCAUUGUAAAUUCUCUA